AUGAGCAAACCGAAAGCGAAAGCUAUCCAGACACAUCAAACGGGGAUAUAUAAGUCAGACUCGGUCAGAGACGUCGCCGAAUCGUUAGGCAUAGCCAACUUAUCCGAAACAGUAGCAUCUUCACUCGCUAGUGAUGUCGAGUACCGCAUUCAUCAGGUCAUAGAGGAAGCUUCGCGAUUCAUGCGUCAUGCCCGACGAACUACCAUCACAGCUUCAGACAUUGACCAGGCCCUUCGAGUUUUGAAUAUCGAACCUCUCUAUGGUCACAAUCCACACAACCCUCCUGUAUUCAGACGCGCUCUGCCAUUUCCGAAUGCGGCUAAUGUAGGCCCUGUCUACUUCGUGGAGGACGAAGAGAUCGACUUUGAUCGCGUGCUUCGAGAGGAGAAAAUUACGCUGCCAAAAGGCGUCAGUUGGACCGCUCACUGGCUUGCAGUUGAAGGCGUUCAGCCUCUCAUUCCUGAAAAUCCGCCGGCAAUACCGAAGGACGUCGAUCAAGAAAUUACAAAGUCACCCCCCCAAGUAAAUGGCGCAUUCCCAUUGACCCCGCCAUCAGAAAGCCGAUCUGCUGUCAAGAAGCAGCAACAGCAGCAGCAGCAGCUGGUCAAACAAGUGCUAUCACGAGAACUGCAGCUGUAUUAUACGCGGCUUACGGCGUCAUUAUUGCCACCUACUGCCGACUCUACUAAGCGAACAGCGGCCCUUGCGAGUUUGCGCAAUGAUGCUGGAUUACAAGCGCUCUUGCCUUACCUUAUUCGCUGGGUUGGAGAGAGUGUCGUGACUGCGUUAAAGGAGGGUGCUCAAACUGAAGCGGAUGGUCGAUCGUUGGAGGUUUUAUUAGAUGUCGUUAGCGCUAUUCUCGAGAACAAUACGCUUUUCAUCGAGCCUUAUGUGAGUGAUAUCCCAAACCCGACACAGUUCAGUAAAAUGAUAUUUUACAGCUCCAUCAAUUAUUACCAGCUAUCCUCUCAAGCUCUUCUUCAUUCUACGCUUCCACCAUCACAUGCCACCCACUUGCGCACGUCCGCUGCUCAGACGUUAUCCCGUCUGCUUACCCAACAUUCCACGACUUAUCCAUCCCUUUCACCACGAAUUAUGAAAACACUCCUUGUUGCUCUCAUUUCUUCAGACAAGUCCAAGGGAACACGAGAAGGUGCCAUCCGCGGCCUGGUGGGGAUUGGAAAGGAGGCGGUAAGGAAGGGACUCGUAGAGGGUGGCGGAGUGAAAGUUGUGGGAAGUGAAUGCACACCAGGGGAGACUGGCCCCCUCGUCGAUUCCGUUAUGACUGCUUUGCAUGUUCUACAUCCCGCAUCGGACAUGCCUGAGUCAUUCGAUGCAAUGGACGAUGGGGAUACUGUGACUAUAGGGCAGUUGCAGGAUGUUUUAGGCAAUUUCUUCGCCGAGAAGCUUUAUGGUGAUAAAAGCUGGGCAUUGGGUAUUUUAGGUAGCAUAAAACAGCAAAGUUAA